AUGGCAACCUGCAUAUCUCUCAAGGGCUCGACGCAAUGUCCCGCCUGGAAUGGCUCAUCAAUAUCAACCAGCUCUAGUCUCUACACUGACUUCCCAUUCAUGCAGAACGUUACAAGCAUAAAACAAUUUGACCAAGAGUUGAGUGAUUACGUCAAAGGAUCUUACGUUACCCAAAAAUAUGCCGACUACUUGGGCUGCCAAGGGGCUAAUCUUACAGAUACUGAUGAUUUUUAUGCCCGCUAUACCACUAGCAGCAUAUGCAGUGGGCUCGUUCAAAGUUCAAAAACGGAUUGUGAUCUAUCGGAUAAUGAAUCCAGGCCUCUCUGUGCUGAUACCUGUGCAUUGAUGGCUACAAGCGAAGCAACUAUCUUGCUCAAUCCUGAUCUUUGCCCCAAAAGAGCCGGUAAUUAUAUGAGCCAAGUCCGCUCUGACUUUACCGUGUGUGCUCUUCCCGCCGACUCAUUAACCGUGACCUGCAUCUCGGGAGCUGACAAUGAGUCCGACGAAUGUGGAUAUGGAUCGAAUCUGGUCGGAUUGUGCGGAUUUUGUGGGGCAAGCUCACCCAACUCCACUGAUUCCUGCUGCAUAAAUUCGAACGCUGCGACUCGAUGUAAAGAUGUGACCAUUCCUACGUCAACGACAAUCCCACCGAUUUUCACUUCGACAUCUAGUCCGACUGCAGGAUCUUCAUCUGGCCAUCUCUCCGGAGGCCAAAUCGCAGGAGCUGUGAUUGGGGCCAUAGCUGGAGUUGCUCUUUUAGCGGCACUAGCUGCACUGGCGUUGAUAUGCUGGAGACGAAAGCGAAGGGCUCGAAAUGACAAUGUUUUGAACCAGCCAAACCCCCAGAGGAAGGGCUUCUCGCCAAUGCAACCUACCCCCGGCCAGCAAGGCUUCGCACCGAUUCCAGGGGGGCGAGUAGCUAGGAUGUCUGCCCUGCGUGAGGCCCCAAGCUAUUCACCUGGACGCUCUCGUAACUCCGCUGCCCUUUUCGGUGUUGGAAAACAUAGCGAAUCCUCUGAUUCAGAUUACUACGGCGCCAGCCCCGGGGCUAUGUCUAAGAAGAUACCCCCAACCGCAGGGAAGCGUACUGCCUCACUAUCUAGCAAUUCGGCCCUGGCUGGUGCGGGUAGUGACGGGUCACCUCGCUCUGGCAUAGGUGGUCAGUACUCAUCACCCGAUGGGAUGGCCAGUGGCCAGUCGGAGCAAUUAUCUUCAUUCCAUGAUUACUACUCCCAAGAUGACAUUCGCCCAGGAGACAAGGUUGCCGUCCUUUGGGCAUAUCAGCCACGAGCGGGCGAUGAAUUCGCUCUGGACCGAGGUGAGAUGUUGAAGAUAGUUGGAAUUUGGGAUGAUGGUUGGGCGACAGGCAUUCGGGUCCCGGAAAGUGCGGAGGAUUAUGAUGCUAGACAUAGAGAACAGCGUGACAGCGGCGUAUCAAAUGGCUCACACAGACCGAUUGCUUCUCCUUCCCCAAAUGGGGAAAUCAAAGCAUUCCCCUUGGUUUGUGUGUGCCUCCCCCAGCACUGGAGAAAGAUCAUCGAUGGAGGACAGGCAGAUGAUACUCUAUGA